ACUCACCUGAUCACCUCCUCUCCUCUUCCCCCCUCACCACCACCUCCGCACCAUCCAUGCCGGUUCUCGUCCUCCCACAGCCCUGUGCGCGCGCCACGUUGCUCCACGCACGCGCCGCUACCGCAGCACGCGUUGCGCGCCGAGCAUCCAGCGGCAUUCCAGCGUGUAGCAGGCGAAGAACAACUGUCGCCGCGACGCCAGCAUUCUCAGCAUCGACCUCCUCCUCCCCGUCACGAUCAGUCUCCGCAGCGUCAGCAUCGUCGUCAGCGUCAGCGUCAGCCGCUCCUCCGACGUCGAUCGGCAACAUGAAGCGAGUUACGCUGGGCAGCUCGGAUCUGUCCGUUUCCCAGGCGUGCUACGGGCUGAUGACGUUCGGGCAGCAGAACUCGGAGGCGGAGGGCCACGCGCUGCUGGACUACGCCGUGUCGCGCGGAGUUAACUUCGUGGAUGCCGCUGAGGUGUACCCUGUGCCCAUGCGCAGCGAGACAGCGGGGCGAACGGAGGAGAUCCUAGGCACGUGGCUCAAGAACAAGGACCGCUCCUCCAUCGUCGUCGCCACCAAGGUGGCAGGGUACAACCCGGGGAGCUACACCCCGGGCAACAGGGAGGAGCCGCGCAGCCUCGAGCUGGCGGACUGCCGCCUGGACAGGGCCAGCAUCCGCAAGGCGUGUGCUGCCAGCCUGCGACGCCUGCAGACCGACUACAUCGACCUGUAUCAGAUCCACUGGCCUGAUCGCUACGUGCCCAAGUUUGGUGUGACGCAGUACCGGCCAGAGAAGGAGUACCCGUCCAUCCCCAUCGAGGAGACCGUGGCCGCCAUGGCGGAACUCAUCAAGGAGGGCAAGAUCCGGCACUACGGGCUGAGCAACGAGACCACGUUCGGCGUGUGCGAGUACGUGCACGCGGCGCGGCGGCUGGGCGUGCCGCCGCCAGUGUCGAUCCAGAACAGCUUCUCCGUCGUGCACCGCUCCUUCGAGACCGAGCUUGCUGAGGCCUGCGCGCCCAGCAACUACAACAUCGGGCUGCUGCCCUGGAGCCCCAUGGGCGGUGGAAUGCUGUCGGGCAAGUACAACGGGGGCAAGCGGCCGGAGGGAGCGCGCUUCUCUCUGUUUGAGCAGUACCAGGAGCGCUUCACCACGGGGGCCAUGGCUGACGCCACGCAGAUCUACACCGACUAUGCGGAGAGCGUUGGCAUAUCCCCGGCGCAGCUAGCGCUGGCGUGGUGCAAGUCGCGGUGGUACGUGACGUCCACCAUCUUUGGCGCCACUAAUCUGGAGCAGCUCAAGGAGAACCUCGAUGCGUUUGAGAUUGAUCUCUCUCCUGAGGUGCUGGAAGGCAUUGAUAAGAUCCAUCUGCAGAAGAAGGACCCUGCAAUGCUCCUUUAAGAACAGCCUCACACUUUGCUUUGCAUUGGGUGGGCUCAUCUAAGGCCCUUGCUGGUUGGAUCUUUUUGUUUCAUACUCAAGACUCUCCUUGGCCAGUUUUCAGCUGAUUUACGAUAAACAUAUGGCCACAGACAUACGGUAACAUAUGGUAUGUAAGAUGUGCUUGUGAAAAUACUCAACAGCAAGGCAAGGCAAGAGCUUUUGGCUGGU